AUGGGGCCAAAGGGCGGCAUUCCAGCGGCCAGGCGUUGCGCGCAGGCGAAGGGGAACUGGCCAGCGCAGUCUCCCCGCAGAGGGCCGAGUUGCCCCCGGGGGAGUCCCCCAUGGUGUGGUAGGUCGGCACUGAGUAUCCGCCCCACCCACGGGCGCCGGUCGUCCCCCGAGCCGAACAAAAAAGACACGGGAGGCCUCGAGGGAGCGCGCCCAAAGGAGGCCAGGCAGGCAGGGCAGGCCAAGAGAGAAAAAGGGAAGGCCAGGCCCAGCCAGCGGGGACCUAGUGCCGCCGGCCCCGUGGCAGAUCUCCGAGUUGACCGCCGGAGAGGGAGCGGGCGCCCAGCGCCGAUAGAGAGAGAGAGAAGAGAGCCCGCACGGACGGGCUGCGGAGGGGGGGACCCCUUCCUGGCAGCCUCCGAGGCGCCGGGUGGGCCCCGAGAAGCCAGAGAGAUAGAGACGAGGCCUAUUGCGAACCCAUCGACCUCAGCGGGCCCAAGGGAACUGUGGCGUGAGGAAAUCCGGUAUGGCAGNCCCUGCGGUCGCGCCGAGCUGCAGCCCCGGCGGCGGCAGGCAGGAUCCCCGACCGGGGAUCUCCCAGACGGAGGGAACUCAGCUCAGCCAGCCUCCCGGCUGGUCCGGCCGCCCCCUCCGGGAUCGAGGCGAGAGGAGGCCGGCACAAUGGGGCCAGAGGGUGGCAUUCCAGCGGCCGCCCGCGCGCCCGGGGAGGAAGUGGAGAGGAAGUGCCGCCCCGGCCGGGCUGGAGAGGGCGAAGGACCGGCGGCGGGCGGCAUUCCAGCGGAGGCCAGGCGGCGAGCGAGAGCAGAGAGGCGCAGGACUCCGGCGCCGCGGCCCGGCAGCCGCGGCGCGGCCGAGCAGUCCGAAGGGCACGAGUUGGCGGGUCCCGGCCCCAAGGGGCUACCUGGUUGA